CUGGAGGAUUACUUCCUGUCUGACCCACUCCCAGAAAAAGCAUCCAAACUGGGCAAAUGCGACCAGGGUCCAACGGCAGUUGGUCCACCGUCGUAUUACCAGUUGCCCUACGCAUCAUAUUCUUCUUCCAACCAAUCCGAAACCAGCCCUCUACUUAUUACCCUGGCAACUGGAGAACUUGACUUGCUGAGCUUUUGUGGGGGUCCCAUUGGCCGUACCAAGAUUCCUAGACAUGCCCCUUACAGUUGCAGCCGCCCCAACAGCAACGCCUGCAGCCGCAAGAGAGUUUCCGAUGGGGUGAGGGUGGGUGACAGCUAUGAGAGUAGCAUCUGGAGUUCCAAAGGAAAUUCCUCAGGUAACUCAGCUGUGGCACCUGGUGGGAGCUACAGCUGUGCUGAAGAUGAGCGGGUGGUAGGCAAAGGCUACUGCCUAGGCAGUGCAGUGGAGAUCAGGAGGUGCGCCAUUUUACCCAAAGAGGAGAAGAACUGCCGCUACACGGAAGAGGCCGUCGGUGUGAGCAAGGCCGGCAGUGGCGGCGGUGGGUACAACUUUAGCGGAUCCAUUCAAUUUCCCCACAAGAAAGAUGAAAUGAUGAUGUACGGCACCAGAGAAGUCAAUUUAAGCGGCAUAGGAGUAAGUGCGGAGAUGGAGAUGAUGAGCGAAGCCAAGAAUGGUGCUAGCGAUGCGAAGGCCAACAUCUCCUGGAAGACGGAACCCAACGAAAGCUGUUUCCUCCAAGGUACAUCCCAAGAAGAGGCCUACCACAGCUUCCUUGGGGCCAUCAAUGACCCAGUGAAGGUGGAGAGCGUAGAGAUCCACCGGCAACAUAACUUCCACUGUGGCUUUCUCGAAGGCCAAAGCCCCGACUGCCUGAGCGGUGACCACCACGGACCUGAAAUGGGGUCCCCGUGUGCCAGAGGAGUCUGUGUGCUGAAAGAAGACCCCUGCUUUGUGAAACCAGACCUCGAGGUGCCACUAAUCCAAGUGAACCAUGGUGAACGCAAACAGAAGAAGAGAGACCAGAACAAGACUGCAGCUCACAGGUAUCGCCAAAGGAAGCGAGCGGAGUUGGACACGUUGGAGGAACAGCUUCAUGGUCUGGAGGGCAGA